CGCUGAAUUGCUGAUACGCGGGAGCGUCUGUGUGCAGUGCGAGUGUGGGCUGCAGGCUCGCAGCCACCGGCCGACGACACUGACACCCGGAGCCUCCACCACCGCCUCGCAGUGACGUAAGUCUAUAGCGCGCGCCGCCGGAAGCAUCGGUACGCCCCAGGGCUAGCUCUGACCAUCCACUCAAGUGAAUCUUUGGUGAUCGAGAGUUUUUUUGUCGCAUGAUAACAUGUCCAACAAACACAUGAAACCAACAGGCUUUGAGGAUAUCACCAGUGACAGGAUCAGCAGCCUCCCCGAUGAAAUUCUCCUCCAUAUCAUGUCUUUCAUGACUGCACGAGAAGCGGUGCAGACAUGCGUCUUGUCAACAAGGUGGCGCUACAUUUGGCUCUGUUUGCGGUGCCUUAAUACUGAGAUAUGCCAAUUCACUAGCAAGAAGAUAUUCGUGAGGUUCAUGGACAACAUACUACUGCGCCGUGGUUUCGUGCCUCUUGACAGCUUUAGCCUCAUCGGCUGGAGAGAUGAUGUUUCCCUCAACCAUCCCAGAACUAACUUGUGGGUCUGCCACGCCAUUCGGAGCAAUGUUCGUGUGCUUCAGAUUUUUGAAUAUCAUGGGUUAUUUGAUCUCGACCACUCUUUCUUCAUUUCUUCGCAUCUGAAAAUACUCAAUCUUCGUUGUGUUUCCACCACUGCCCUCUUCAUUGAGAAGCUCUUUUCUGGCUGUCCAGUGUUGGAAGAAUUAUCGAUGGUAGAUUGCCGUGUUUUUGCCACCAAAUUCUCCUCUAGCACCCUGAAGAAACUAACAUUUAUCUCACAUACCCCCCAUGGUGAAGAUUGUGUUCAUGAUGAUUUUGAAGACCUUGUGAUAGAUACACCUAGUCUUGUUUCACUGCAUUUGGAGGACCUUCCGUUGUUAAAUCCUUGCCUUGUGAAUGUCUCAUCUGUUGUAAACGCUUCAUUUCGCCUGGAUGAAGAGUCUUUCGCAAGUUCUGAUGUGAACUGCAACAUUAUCAGUGCUCUGUCAAAUGUUACGAAGUUGAAGUUGUAUUUUGGGCUUCACAAUGACAUGGUAAGCAAGGUACUAAAAAGAGAUCUCUGGAGGUGUCAGACAUUCAACAACCUGAAAACCUUAUUUCUCGGUGGCUGGUGCAUAGGUACUGACCUCCAUGCGCUGGUCUACUUUCUACGACGCUCGCCUGCCUUAGAGAAACUUACCGUGUGGAUACAUCAGAUUGGAGCUUCUGGUUUGCCUCUGAAAACGGACAACCUGGAGUCCAAGGCAACAAAUAUAUCGUUUAAUUGUCACAGCAGCCGCGCACACCACCUGCUCGACCGACUUCCAAGUGUAGGGAUGUCCAGGUCCAAGAGGCAUGACAGUACCGAUGACAGGAUCAGCGCCCUCCCUGACGAGCUGCUCCACCACAUCAUGUCCUUCCUGACGCCGCGGGAGACUGUGCAGACAUGUGUGCUCUCAAGGCGGUGGCAGACCACCUGGGUAUCUGCGAGGUGCCUCAUCAUCGACUCGGACCAGUUUAGCAUCUUGUGGGAGCUCAAAACGUUUCUGGACAAUUUACUUCUGGACCGUGGGUGCACAUCACUCGAUAAGUUCUGGCUCCGCAUCAUCUUUGGCAACGUUUAUCCUGACAAUGUAAUGGAUUACUGUCAAAUCCGUCCGUGGGUCUGCCAUGCCCUUCGGUGCAACACCCAGGUUCUUGGCAUAGUUCAUGAAGGUGAACUUCUUACCAUUUCAAAUGCCUUCACCUCAUCAAAUCUGAAGAGGUUGCACCUUUGUAAAUUUGAGGUUGAUGACUGGUUCGUCGAGAAGCUAUUUUCCGGAUGCCCGAAAUUGGAAGAGUUAGAACUGAUAUGCUGUUUUGUUAACAUCUUCAUGCUUUCAUCUGCCAAACUUAAGAGAUUGACUGUUACCACUUCUGAUGAUCGGUCAGUAGCAUGUUUGGGCUAUGAGGAUCUUGUAAUAGAUAUGCCAAAUCUGGUCUCGUUAGACAUAAAGUAGAUCCCUGAUAGAAAUCCAUAUUUCCUGAAUUUGUC